GACGCCAUUUGUGUGUGUACGAGAGUGUGUGUGUUUUUUUGAGGGGACCGGGCUGCAAUUGCAGAGGCAGCGACGGUGGAAGAAGCGUGUUGCCGAAUCCCAGUCUCGCAAAGCAGCGUUGCGUGUGUUUAGUCGGUACCGUGAUCUACAUGAGUGAGAGAGAGACUUCGAUUAUAGUAAUCGCAGCACUUUAGUGGGGCAAGGAUUGAUUGAUUGAUUCAAGCAGCAGGCGCAGGUGCCCAUCGGAUUGAUUUAUUGAUUCAUUCAGUAGAUUGCAGUGCACUCACACAAUUUCACCAUGUUUUCAAGGCUGUUCGGGAAGCCCAAGCAGGAGCCCUCUACCCUGUCCACACUCGACAAGCUUAAUGAGACCUUGGAGAUGUUGGAGAAGAAGGAAAAGGUGUUGCAGAAGAAAAUAGCCAUGGAGAUAGAAAAGGCUAAGGAAUUCACCAGGUUGAAGAAUAAGAGAGCUGCGAUUCAGUGUUUGAAACGGAAGAGAUUGUAUGAAGUCCAAGUAGAACAACUGGGCAACUUCCAAUUGCGUAUCCAUGACCAGAUGAUUAUGCUGGAGGGUGCUAAGGCAACGACAGAAACCGUGGAUGCUCUGCGCAGCGGUGCUGCAGCCAUGAAAGCCAUCCAGAAAGCCACCAAUAUUGAUGACGUAGACAAGACGAUGGACGAGAUCAACGAGCAGACUGAGAACAUGAAGCAGAUCCAAGAGGCACUCUCAACACCAAUUGGAACAGCAGCUGAUAUUGAUGAGGACGAGCUGGAAGCUGAGCUUGAGGACCUCGAAGGGGCUGACUUGGAAGAACAGCUCAUUCAGCCGUCUACUCACCAGCUUCCCCAGGCUCAAACAUACAAGCCUACUUCAGUUCCUACAAAGAGUCCUCCUACGACAAACACUGAGGAAGAUGAACUUGCAGCCCUUCAAGCUGAAAUGGCACUUUAGAAACAUAUCACCCCUGCCCCCUCAUCGCAUUUUGGAGUGUUUUUUUGGUCUCCACAUAAGUUUUUGUUCAGGUUUGUGUCAGUAUUCCAACUUGAUAAGCAAGUGGGCUCUGUCUCUAGAACGCUUUGAUUGAAAGUGAAGAUCACAGUGGAAACUGAAUCGCUUUCCAAGUUCCAGGUGCUAACCGGAUGGCAUAACGUGCUCGAUAGACACACAGAAGCGUGCAUGUAACUCGGACGCUUCUUCGGUCAUUGGAAAUGGUGAGAUCACACUCAGAAGGUAAAUAAGGUGUGGGCAAAAGCAUGGAAAGAUGGGUUUGUAUCACGAAUUUGGCUUAUUUAACUGGUUCGCUUUCAUUUGCACCUUCGAAGAGCAGCAAUUGGGCUCUUGCCGACUGCUCUUGCUGUUCCUCCUAUCAGCCCGUGUAAAACUGUAUACUGAAACAUUCUUACUUUUUAUAGAUUUUUUUUUCAUUUAGCCACGUCGGCAUACAAUGUUACAGCGGGAUCCACCAACUUACUUCAAACUGUGAAUUGAGAUAGUUUUCAAUGUUCAUAAUAUACUUAAGUAUCCUUCAAGGAAUAUGGAUGUUAGUGAAAUUGAAGCUCAUCUAGACUUGCGCUGUUGCCGGUGGCAACUGUUAGACCUUUGGUACAACCUUUGUCAGUUGAUACAAUUAAAUGGUUGCAAAUUUAUUGAUCUCGGUUA